AUGGAUGACGGUAGCGUGAAGAUCCAGUCUGGAAUCAACAUCAACAUAAAAAGAACAGAUGGACGGAUCCAUUCUGCGAUAGUGUCCGGCGUGAACCAUGAGACUCGCUCCGUCACAGUGGAGUGGUACGAGCGCGGCGAGACCAAGGGCAAGGAGGUGGAGAUCGACGCGAUCCUCGCCCUCAACCCCGAGCUGGUGGGGCCGCGACACCACACGCCGCACCUGCAGCCGAUGCCCAACAAAUUGGCUAGAGACAUGACGCGACAAUCCAUCCCUGUGGCUACGAAAGCACCGUCGCGCGUCACCCGCAACAAUCAGAUGCGGUUGUCGAACGCGGGUGGGUAUACGAACGGACACGGCGGCGACACGACGGGGCGGCGCGGCACUGAGAAUGUGCCACCACCGCAGCUACAGCCUCAACCGCAGCCCAACUCCAGGGUCACACAACAGUUCACGGCGCCGGGCGGCGGGGGCGGGGGCGUGGCGGGUGGGGGCGGGGGCGGUGGCGGGGGCGGGGGCCGCGCGGCGGGCGUGUCGAGCACGGUGUCGGUGCCGCACGCGGUGGCGUCGGGCGCGGUGCGGCGCUCCAACGUCGUGAAGGAGGUGGAGCGGCUCAAGGAGAACAGGGAGAAGCGGAGGCAGCGGCAGGCCGAGCUCAAGGAGGAGAAGGAGGCCCUAAUGAAUAUGGAUCCCGGCAAUCCGAACUGGGAGUUCCUGGCGAUGAUCCGGGAGUACCAGAACAGUAUAGAGUUCCGACCCCUCACGGGCAACGAACCAGUUGAGGAUCACCAGAUCACCGUCUGCGUCAGAAAGCGGCCGCUAAACAAGAAGGAGGUCACUAAGAAAGAGGUGGACGUGAUCAGCGUGCCGACGAAGGAUCAGAUGAUAGUGCACGAGCCCAAGAACAAGGUGGACCUUACAAAGUAUCUAGAGAACCAGAAGUUCCGCUUCGAUUACGCCUUCGACGAUUCCUGCACCAACGAAGUCGUUUACAAAUACACUGCGAAGCCUCUGGUGCAGACGAUAUUCGAGGGCGGUAUGGCCACCUGCUUCGCAUACGGACAGACCGGAUCUGGCAAAACUCAUACCAUGGGUGGUGACUUCCAGGGUAAAACUCAGGAUUGCAAGAAAGGUAUCUACGCGAUGGCGGCGCGAGACGUGUUCACGUAUCUCAAGUCGCCCAAGUACAAACCGCUCAACCUCAUAGUCUCCGCUUCAUUUUUCGAGAUAUACUCAGGAAAGGUGUUCGACCUGCUGGCCGACAAAGCGAAGCUCCGCGUGCUGGAGGACGGCAAGCAGCAGGUGCAGAUAGUGGGGCUCACGGAGAAGGUGGUCGACAACGUGGACGAGGUGCUCAAGCUCAUCCACCACGGAAACGCCGCCAGGACCUCCGGACAGACGUCGGCGAACUCGAACUCGUCGCGGUCGCACGCCGUGUUCCAGAUCGUGGUGCGGUCGCCGGGCAUGCACCGCGUGCACGGCAAGUUCAGCCUCAUCGACCUGGCCGGCAACGAGCGCGGGGCCGAUACCUCCUCGGCCAACAGGCAGACGCGCAUGGAGAGCGCGGAGAUCAACAAGUCGCUGCUGGCGCUGAAGGAGUGCAUCCGCGCGCUGGGCAUGAAGGGCAACAACCACCUGCCCUUCCGCGUGUCCAAGCUCACGCAGGUGCUGAGGGACUCCUUCAUCGGCGACAAGUCCCGCACCUGCAUGAUCGCCAUGAUCUCGCCCGCCAUGUCCUCCUGCGAGCACUCGCUCAACACGCUCCGAUACGCGGACAGAGUGAAAGAGUUGGGUACGUCGGACAGUCGGCGGGCGGAGUCCCCGCUGGCCGACGUAGACAUGGAGCCCGCGCAUGACGACCUCGCGCAUCUGCGCUCGCUCAACGAGGGCGACAUGUCCGCGGAGAUGUACACGUUCCACGAGGCCAUCGACGAGCUGCAGCGCGCGGAGGAGGAGGUGCUGGACAACCACAAGGCCAUCUCGGACUACCUGCAGCACGCGCACUCGCGCGCCGCGCAACUGCUGGCCCUCACCAGGGACGUGGACUACGACCAGGACGCGUACGCGACGCAGUGGGAGGAGCUGCUGAACGAGCAGCUGGCGGUGCUGGCGCAGUCGCGCGACCUGGUGGCGGAGUUCCGCGCCAAGAUGCAGCAGGAGGAGCACAUCUCGCGCCGCAUGCAUCCGCCCCACCCCCACCCGCCGCGCCACCACUAGUCGGCCCAGUGUGAACCUUGGUGUAACGCGGCGAGGGUCGACCGGCCACGUGCCACGGCCGAGAGGCCCCCACGCGCAGAUCUGGUCGUGCGCACUGUACGGGGUCCGCGAGUGAACUGUUCAUGGGGGGGGGGGGAGUCUGCACACGGUGUCGCACUGUUUAUUUUUUGUGUAAUAAUACCAUUUCGUCAAAGGAGCGUGAGUCGAUAAAUAAAAAUUCGGUUUUUGAAUGUUUUUCUAA